AAUCCACCGAAACGCGAGGACAAAGGGGGAAAUGUCGAUUCUACCAAAAAAGAGCGCAGACGUUAAAUAUAUUUUUGUAAGUAGCAUCUAGUUACCCGGGGUUCAGCAGGGGUUAGGGUUUCAAGUUUGGUUGCUGUAAGGGAAGAAAGAUUCAAGGAAAUUUAGGCUUUUGGUCACAUUAGAGCGUGUUUCUCGACUGUGCUGCUAGCGGCUCAUUCUUAUUGGCCUCAUUUAUGUCAGCUUCCUUCUGCUGGCCGUGGAAUUCGAUCCUGGUGCCUGGUGGCCAAAAUCUUGUAUCAAUAAAGAAAAUGUGAAUCAAAUUGGUUCGGUUUCCUCAGCCCUUUUAGGUUGGAGUUUUAUGAUUGAUGAAUAAUACACAAAUGUUACACCCAAUCGAUGGAUGUCUUAGUUGACUGGACGAAACAACUAUUGUGGCAGACAUAAGCAGGGAACAUUGUCAAGAUUCAAAUGGAGGGUCAUAAUCUUCUUGAAGAUCAUAAAUGCUCUGGAUCAGGGCCAAUUUCAGUUGAUAAUUGUGGGUCAAACAGUAUGGAGGAAAUACCAAAACAAGAUUCAAAUGUGGAUUUCGAUCCUUGUGCUCCAUAUUCUUCUUCAAUGGAUAAUGUACCCUUAAAGUUACUUUUUGGGGUAUCUAAUGUUAAAAUGCGCCAUUCUCCAACACAAGAGAAGGCGGUGCAAAUGGAUUUGUGUUCUCCAAAAGAUCAACUUGAUUCAAGUGAAUCUGUCAGAGUCAAACUAAGAGAGUCUUUGACAUCUGCUCUGGCUUUGGUUUGUGACGAGCAACAAAAGAAGGACUCCAUUACCGAACAGAAUCUGAAGAUUGAGAUGGUAGUCCCAGAAAGGCCGUCCAAUCUGGAUCGGCAGUAUGAAGAAAUGGAACCGAUGGAAAGUAUAGCUGAAACUCAUUUACAUUAUGAUAAUGAGUCACCUAAAAUAUUGAAGAGGGAUAGGGAAGACUUUGAACAGAAGCAUCAGUUGGGUGAAGAUGCAAUUUCAUCUUGUUACAUAGCACAAGCAGCCCAUGAGGAGCAAGAUGAGCGUCCAUCUUUAAAUGCUGAUUCAAGUGUUAUGAGCACUGACAUGUCAGAGAAUGGUUCAUUGAAAAGGAUCAAAUUAGAGAAAGAGGAGUUUGACACAGAAAAGAGUGAACAAAGUACACAGAUUUCAGAUAUAAUACAGUUUUUAGGGGUGAAAAUUGAAGCUGAACUUUUCAGAAAGUAUGCUGGUGUAAACAAGAAGUACAAAGAAAAGGCCAGAUCACUUCUGUUUAAUCUUAAAGAUAGAAACAACCCCGAGUUAAGGGCACGUGUUGUGUCAGGGGAAAUUACUCCAGAGAAUCUUUGUUGCAUGACUGCAGAACAGUUAGCAUCCAAGGAACUUUCACAAUGGAGGAUUGCUAAAGCUGAGGAGCUUGCUCAUAUGAUUGUUUUACCUGAUAAUGAUGUUAAUUUUAGAAGGAUGGUUAAGAAAACUCACAAAGGAGAAUUUCAAGUGGAAGUUGAAAAUGAUGAUGUAGGUGCAGAGAUAGCUGCUAGUGGACUGCCAUUGCAAUCUAAACUGGAGCAACCUGAAACUGAAGAUCCAAGCAUGGAUGAAAUUGCUAAUUCAACUGGGAUUCAUGAUGAUAAUAGAAUUGCCUCACCCACAUCUCUGCCAUCAUGUACUUCACCUGGUCGGGUAGCUGGGAUGGCAGGUUCAAAGAUCAGAUCAACUGAAGGUGCUGCCAUACGGAAGACAAGAGAGGAAAAGAUUCUUCCCAAGAUAAUGUCUCUUGAUGAUUAUAUGGGCUCAAGGAGUGAUAAAUUACACGAAGGUGCAGAAGUUAGAAGUUGGAAUGAAGAAUCCACUGAAUGGGCAACAGAAGCUAAUGUAGUUCAUAACAAAGAGUCCAUCGAAUGGGAAAAGUCUCCUCCAGGUCAACCAAAUGUCGAGGAGGACAAAGCUGGUUUCACAAAUGACCAUUUUGUGCAUGGGGAUCUAAUGCACAUUGGUAGUGAAAUGGACUAUCCUAAUGGUGACCAGGAGUGGCCAAUAGGAAAAGGAGUUCAGUCACCAUCUUCUGAAAAGCUUUGGGAGGGAAUGUUGCAGCUAAACCCAUUGAUUGUUGAGACAGUUGUGGCUCUUUUCAAAAGUGGUGAAAAAACAUCAGCUAAAGAGUGGUCCAAGUUUGUGGAAGUUAAGGGAAGAGUUAGGAUUGAUGCAUUUGAAAAGUUCCUUCAAGAGCUGCCCCUUUCACGGAGCCGUGCAGUCAUGGUGGUUUCCAUUUGUUGCAAAACUGCUUCUUUGGAGAACAGUCUGGAAAACAUUCAGGAGAUUGCUAUUUCUUAUAAGCAAGAUGAGCGGGUAGGAUAUGCAGAACCUGCUCCAGGCGUUGAGCUUUAUCUAUGCCCAUCCAAUGUUGCGACAUUGCAAAUGCUGGAUAAAUUUAUUUCUUAUGAACAUUUUGAAAAUAUAAAUGAACAGGAUGGUCUGAUUGGAUUUGUUGUAUGGCGAAGGAAUAAUGUAACAUCUAAUGCCAUGCAUACAAUGCCAGAAAAACAAUAUAUAAAUGCAAAACAGCUUGCAUUAUCUGGUCAUAUGCUGGAUUCACCUACUCAUCCUGGAGUCUCUGAGUCUGUGCCACAUGGAACUGACAGCCCAAAAAAUGACAUAAGCACUAGCUAUGAUAAAUAUCCUGUUAGCAAUAAGUUGCCGUUUAUGGUAUCUACAAGCAAAACUAUUACACAUGUUGAAAAUACAACUCAUGCUAAAGAUUGUUCAGAAAUGGAUAUUCCCCCUGGAUUUAAUUCCUGCCCACCAAGGGUAGCAUCUAUUGAUCCUCGAAUUAAUGCACCUAAAUUUCAAGUAUCUAUUUUGCAUGAUGAUGAUGAUGAUGAUCUGAUUGAUGAUGUGCCACCAGGAUUUGGGCCUAAUGCAGCAUCUGUUAUAAAUAAUGCUUAUACUCAAACAAAUACCACAAAUUUAGAUGAUGAUGAUCUUCCUGAAUUUGAUUACAACGGGGUGUCCGCAUCUUACCAACCUCCUUCCAGUCAGCUUCCUCCACAGCGUUGUCUGCAACCCAUGCCUAAUUCCCAGUGUCCAAGUCAACCACCUCAAGUCUCCACAAAUACUGAUCAAGUUUUUUUCCAAUCAAAAGAUAGUUUUCAUCCACCUGUUGGCCAUCUUGCUAGUCAUCAAAUUCCACAACAGGUUCCGAGACCACCAGCUACUCCUCACCCAUCAAUUCAAAUUCGAGAGUUGAUACAGAAGUAUGGACAGUGUGAUGCUCCAUUCUCAAUGGGACAUAGUUGUACCCCUGAUGUUGGAGUUGUCAACUUUGCCCCACAAAUUGGUCAACAGCCAGUUAUGAUCCCACCACAUCAUACUCCCACCAAUGCACAUACUCAAGUUGAAAAAUUAUGGAAUGGUGAGGAUGUUCCUGAAUGGCGUCUGUAUUUUACACCAGGAACUUCAUUAAUGCAACAAAUGCAACCUAUGAUACCACCUCAGUUAGGGGCACCAAAUGGAAAUUUUCAGGUUGGACAGUGCCUGCCAUCAAGGGUUCCUGCACCUCAAAGGGGACCUCCACAGAUGCUAAUACCUCUAGGAGCACCUAUGCAAAUGCUUCAACCUCCACCUAAUCUGCCACAAGUGCCUCCGCAUCCUUCGUUUGUUGGCAUGCGACCCAUAACAGGUAUAAAUCUGCCAGUUCCCAUGCUAAUGUCAGAGAGGGAGCAUGGACAAUUCUAUGCAAAUAAUUCUCAGACAUUUCAUACAAGUUACAAUUUCAGGCCUGCAUUAAGUGGGCCAGACACCAGACCUCUUGAUGGAAGGAAUAGAAGGGUAUGAGCUUGAGAAGUAAUGGUAGAUAAUCUGGCCUCUGUCCAUUUGUUCAAAUAAAAGGUGUUUUGUUGAGAUGCUCAUUCAUCUGGAACUAAGGGGGGCGAGAAGGCUGUGGGUAUACCAGACCUCUCAAUGGAAGGAAUAGAAGGGUACGAAUGUUGCGAGUGAUAGUUGAUGAGCAUUAUAAAUGUAUUGCACUCAAGAAAUUUCAGUCUGUGAUAUUAGUAUAAGCAUCCUUUAGAUUAGUUGGAUUGCAGUCAAGAGCAUAUUGGUUAUAUAUGCUCAUGCAAUGUAUAAUAUAAUUAUUGACCCUGCUAACACAUCUCAAAUGUAACAUUAUUGUAAAAUGAAAAUUAAAAUAGGAAUGGCAUUUUGAAUUGAUUUUGAUUA